AUCCGAGAGUGAGUUAUGAAUUUUUCUUGGAAAGGAUCUCAUAUCUCAGAAUCUCAUUUCCACAGACCUCGAUCGUAAAAUAGCUAUCUUUCAGUAACCAUUGACAGGCAACACUCUAAAUUCAUAUCGUAGAUAGAGGAGAAGCAAGACUACUUUUGAGGAAUACUGUAAUAACAGGUGGCCUUAAACAGCAAUCCCAAAACUGAUUUUAAAGCUUCAUCGUUUUUGAACUGAAUCUGAAUUAAAAGAUGAUGAUUCGUGACGCGUAUAUCAAAUCUCACUGGUAUCACUUUUAUUCGAACGGCAGAUCUUUAGAGACAGUUCGCGACAGAGUCGAGUAUCUGACUAAAAGUAUUUUUUGGAGCAUUUUGUAGAGCAAAUAAUUGUGUACAAAAUGUGCUGCUCUGCAUCGAAAACUAGCCUCUGACUACGCAAGUAAUCUGAACUCUUAUCUCGACUUAGUAUUUUGCCAUAAGAAAAAUUUCGUUUUGCAUUUAGGGUAAGACAUUUUCGAUUUCGAAUAAUCGAAAUUGGUGCAUGCCUAGUUGCCGUUAUUUUAACUGUAUCUUCAGUUAGCGUUAAAUCAACGUAAUGGGAACAUUUACAGUCAUACUCUAAACUCAAAAGUAAUAUGCGUUUUGAUUUCUCGUCGUUAGUUCUAUCUAAAUAACGCCAGUGAAAUGGAGCAUCUUUUAGCCGUUAAUGCGCUCUUUUCGAGUUUUUGACGCAAUGUCAUUUGGCUAAGCAAUGUAAACGUGGAAACUAUUUCAAAAUAUGUCACGGAUUGUCAUGAUUUUUACCACCUUAGAAAAACUGCAUUAGAGAAAUGAAGCAUUUUGAAAUAUUUUGAAAUAAGCGACUUUAUUCCUUGUUGUCUCUAGUAUAUAUCCUAAAGCGUUCAGGUUGUCACUUUUGUCAUUUCUGAGAUAAUUAAGUAUGAUGUGCGUCUGGGAAACAUCAAUCCCCAAAUGUCGGACCUCUCCACAACCCUAUGUCAAUGUUUUAAAAUUUUUAAAUGACGCAUUUUUAUUCAGAAUUAAAUGCUUUUUUAAAUGAGAUAUACCGCGUUUUUUGCUACAGAACUUCAUGUAAAGUGUGAAACAGUACCGAAAGAAUUAAACCCAGCAGCAACCCAGCAUUAAACAGGAAAAUGACAGCUAUUGUUGCUCAACCAAUCUCAUCCACGCUAUUAGUCUGUCGUUCACCCGAUCUUCCUCUGCAAAAUGAAGAUUUGUCAACAAGUGCACUUGCAAUUGAUGAUCAAUCAAUCAUCAACACUAUUUAUAAUUACUGGUUUGGUGACAAUGUCAAUACAUGGUCUAAAUCGUAUCCAUUAUUAACCAAAUUAUGGUUCAAAUUUCAACGUGAUACUGACAGAGAGAUCCAAGAAAAGUUUGAGAAAUAUUUAAUUGAAGCAUCGAAUAAGGACGGUGAUAUCUACAAACGAUGGCAAUCAACAUGUCGCGGUAAAAUUGUUUUAAUUCUAUUAUUCGAUCAAUUUUCACGAAAUAUCUAUCGUGGCACACCAGAUAUGUUUAAAUAUGAUCAGCUGGCAUUAGAUUUAACACUAGAAAUCGUCAACGAACAGCACGUAACAUUAUACAGUUCACCAGAAAGAAUAUUUCUCUAUUUUCCACUUAUACAUUCAGAAAAUCUCAUCUACACGACAAAAGGUGUACAAUUAAUGAACGAUUUACCAUCUUCCAUAACGCAACGUGAUUUACGAAAACGUUAUUUAUCAAUUGCUCGAGCAACUAAAACACACCAACAUAUCAUUGAACUAUUUGGACGUUAUCCACAUAGAAAUCAGUUAUUGGGUAGACAAUCAACAAAAGAUGAAGAAGAUUAUUUAAAAACUGCUCGAAACGAAUUUAUUAAGUCGGUACAAUCCAUGAAACCACCAUCUCCGCUUGAGAAUACUACUACUAAUAAUACCUCACCAACACCUGCACUACAGACAGAACAACCAUUGAAAAUCUUGGUGUUGCAUAGUUUUCGUCAAAAUGCGAAUAGUUUACGUCGUACAACAAAAAAAUUGGUAAAACUAUUGAAAGGCAUUGCCACGUUUUAUUUUGCAAAUGCUCCAUUACCAUAUAAUCCAACCGGUGAAAUUAAACUAGAAUUGUUAUCAGCAUUCGGUGAUGGUAAUCUACCAGAGACAUCGUAUCAACGACAAUGGUGGAAUGCAUCAAAAGACAAUCGAUCAUAUCAUCAUUUGGAUGUAUCCAUUCAUUACAUCGAUCAAUUAUUUAAGUCAGAUGGACCCUUUGAUGGUAUCUUAGGGUUCUCGCAAGGUGGUGCGUUGACGGGUAUAUUAUGUGGGUUGCAACCGUUUAGUAAUAUAUCGUUUCGUUUUGCUAUCUUAAUCUCCGGUUUUCCAUCGCGUGCUGAUGUUCAUGAACAAAUAAUGAAACCGAAUUAUAUUCAAAAUUUCCCAUCGCUACACAUUUAUGGUACCAAAGAUGAACUUGUUGAUAAUGAACGGACAUUACGUUUAGCUUCAGUAUUUAAAGAUGCGAUAAUUGUUUCACAUUCAGGUGGUCAUUUUACACCCAAUAAGUGGCCAUCUUUAGAUAUUAAAUCGUUUCUGAUUGAACAACAAAAGUCCCUGAAUGCAAAUAAACAAAUGAUAAAGGCAAGUAUUGAUCAACAGCAAUUAUUCGCGACAUUUCAUGAGAAAAUAGAAGCAACAAUUUUUAAUCAUCAAAAACAAUCAUCACAAAUAUCAGCGAGAAAUCGUAUGAAAAGUAAAGAAAGUAAUUUGACUCAUAUAUCGCCCGUUGGAUUAUCAAAACAAAUUGAUGAAACGACUAUUGAUAAAUUAAUAAAAGAAAUAGAUGAUUAUCUUUUCGAUGAUAUUCUACUAUUAAUAUGGUGUAAACGAACAACAUUUCAUAAUCCAGAACCAAAAGAUGAUGAUUUAACAUUUUUUCGCUAUUGGAUUUUGCUUUACUUGAAAAAGCCUGAUCAAAUGUUAACAUAUCUUGAUACUAUUCCAAAAUAUGGUAGUUGGGCGGAUUUGAAAACUCUCUCUGUUUGUGCAAAUCAAAUGAAAACAGAUACAGAAAAACAAUUACUAGAAAAUUUACAGCAAGCAUGCGUUAAGAUGUUUGGUGAACAAUUAAAACGUGAUUAUCGUUUAGUAUUGCGUCAACCAGAUGAUUAUUUAAACGAUAAAGAAGAAAUACAAGAUAUUAAACCACAAGAAUGGUUGACAAAUUGUGCUAAGGAAGCACCAAGAAUUGGAAAUAAUCGAUAUAAUUAUAGUACUGACAUUGCCAAAUAUUUACAUCCCAUUUCAAUUAAUGUGGUUGAUCAAAAACAAUUGGAUGCUGAAAAAGGUUAUUGUUAUCAAUAUUAUAAACGUUUAUUAACUGCUGUUUGCCAGAUUUUGCAAAAAGCUUCACCAAGUUUUGUUGAUGAACAAAUGAAAGCACGAAAUCGUAAAGAUCGUGCUCUGCAAUAUACAAAAGAGCAACGUGAACAACUGUUAAAUGCUGAACCAUCAUCCUAUGUUUUGCAACCUGAAGCAGAGCCAGUUGUACCAUGUCCAUUAGAAGAAUUAGAACCACUACUUGAACACAUGUCAUUAGAUAAGGGUGGUCCAAUUGAUGAUCAGUCAAUUGUAUUUCCUCGUGGUGCUAUUAUGACGGGUGGACGAUUAGAUUUAUGCAAACAAGUUGUCGGUCCCGAAGGCAUUCAACCGUUAUUAAAUGCAAUGAAAUAUAGUUCAGUUAUACACAGAUUGUUGUUAGGUAAUAAUAUUGUUGGUAUCGUUGGUGCUCGAGGAAUCGCUGAUUAUAUACGUAAUAAUCAUGAUUCUAAAAUUGAUACGUGGUACAUCGCCGGGAAUAAUUUUGAUGGUGAUUGUAUGGCACUCAUCUGUGACGCACUGACAUCAGACACCAAAGUUAAAGCAUUAUGGUUGAAACGAAAUCCUAUUUUAGCAGCGGGUGUUGGUCAUAUUUCAAAAAUGUUAGAAUUAAAUAAAUAUUUACAAACAUUGGAUUUAUUAAAUACCGGUCUAUUAGACGAUGGUUGUGAAAUUUUAUUCAAUGGUUUAAAAUCAAAUCAAACAUUAAAACAUCUUUACAUUGAUACAAAUGGUUUAACAGUGAAAAGUGGUCGAGUGAUACGUGCUCAUCUGGAACUCGGCUAUAAUCAUUUAGAGACACUAUACUUAUGCUGCAAUCAAAUGGGUGAUCAGGGUACAAUUGAAAUAGCAGCAGGUCUGAAACAUGAUAAAUGUCUAAAACGUCUUGGUCUAGCAUCAAAUUGUGUGGGUGCUGAUGGUGCAAAAGCGUUAGCAGAUGCUCUAUCCAAUCAUCCUUCAUUAGAACAAUUGAAUCUUGGUUAUAUGAAAGCAACAAUAUUAUUAGGUGGUCUCGAUAAUGUUAUCGGUGAUCAAGGAGCAGUAGAAAUCGCUCGUCUAAUCCGUUCCAAUAAUCAUAUUCGUUCUAUCGAUUUGACAUUUAAUGGUAUAUCACAAAAAGGUUUGAGUCAAGUAAAAGAUGCUUUGAAAGAAAAUAAAAUAUUAACAACAUUCAAACUGUUGCAAUAUGGACAAGUUCAUAAUGAAAUAACAAAAGAAGAAAUAGUAUCAAUGUUAGAACGAAAUAAAAUGGAAUGGGGCAAACAAAUACUUCGUGAUGAUCCAACUAAAACAGAAUAUGACUGGAUAAAACUUGGUGAAAAAUUAAAUGAACAAAUUAAUUUUCCACAACAUGUCAUGGAAAUUAUUAGCUAUUACAGAACACACUAA